CUGAAAACGUUUGCCAGCUGACUGGAAGCUCAGUCGCCUGUCCGGAAAAUUUAUAGUUUGUUUGACUCAGUCCAAUGUCGAAUCGAUUUCUAGGUCAUAACACUGUGAUACGCAAAACCAUUUGUUUACGAUAGUAACGCGAUUAGGUCUUCCAUCAAUGCCAAAGGAAUAACCCAAACCAUACAUAAUUUCAAGUCAGAGCCAUUUCCAUACAGGGAUAUUCAAUUUGAUAAACUAUCAUAUAAUGAAUACAAUUUUAAGCUAUUAGUCUCGAAGCCGCAGACAGUGUGGCACCAAAGCGUCCGACGAAUGUUACAUAAACUAGUUACGCGUCGGAAUAGAUAACGCCCCAUGCAUUAAGUUCAGAACAAAUAAAAUUGAUUUUAUUAAUUCAGUUAGUAACAGUGUGAAUUAUUUGUUCUGAAUAUUGCCUUUUUAAUUACCAUACAAUAGAUGACGUUAAAUUGUAUAACGUUACAAUGUACGUGCUCAUAAUUAUUUUUGCGGUUUGCCUCCUAUAGGAAUGACGACGUUUCAACAGUUGCUGCGUGAGUGAUAACAGCCCAUAUUUGUCGAUAUAUGCCACAAUUUAUUUCUAUUUAAAGCAAUUGUAAAACAUGAACUCAUCAGUCAUCGCUGAAACCCAUGAAAACUAAACGUGGGAAUAAUUAGUGUAAAAUAAAUUAAAUUAAAUUAAAUAAUGGCAUAUAAAGACCUUUAUUUGGAAGAUUUCGUCAGCCUGAUGGGAAACAGUGAUUGGGAGCAACAAGUCACUGCAGAGCACAAACGGAUUACAAGUGAAAAAGUUGAAGGAACAUUCGAAGAAAGUUCCAGAAACCGGGACCUCAACAGAUUCGUCCACGACGUGUGUUAUGACCACUCAAGGGUCGUGCUCCCGACAGAACGAAACAGGAAUACCUUCAUCAAUGCAAACUACUGUGAUGGAGCUGAUCAACAGAAGCAGUACGUUCUUGCAGAAGCCCCAACUCAAAAGACAGCCUAUAAUUUCUACCGUUUAAUUUGGAUGCAUCAUGUCAAAAUAGUCGUGAUGCUAUGUCAGAAAGUGGAGAAUAAAAAGGAGAAGUGCUAUCCCUAUUGGAGUGACGUCCCUCUAUCAAGUAUGUCAUUCAACAAAAAGUUCCGGGUAACGACCAUGAAGGUGGAACGUUUUGCGCACUACGUAAAGAGUACUCUACUUCUGACAGAUGGCACUGACGCUUGCCAAGUCGUUACACAUUAUAAUUAUACAGCCUGGCCCGAUCAUGGUGUACCUGAAAAUACUUUAGACUUCCUAAAAUUUGUCCUGGAGGUCAGGCGGUUCAGAGAGUCACUCCCGGGCGACCUCACACUUCCCCAACCUCCCAUGGUAGUGCAUUGCAACGCAGGGUUAGGAAGAACACCUUGCUUUGUUGUGAUAGACACUUGUAUAUCCAAGUUGAAAAGUGAUAAAAAAGUGGCAAUAGCGUCGACUUUAGUGCACAUACGUCAGCAAAGAUUUUACUCGCUAUUUCAAACUAGUCAGUAUAUUUUUGUGUAUAAGGUUAUCAAGUUAUACGUAGACUCUAUUCCACGGGAAAGAAAAAUAUCUCCUGCUGCAAAAGCAAUCUAUUUUUUACGUGACUUAGUGAAGUGAGUUAGAUUAAGAUUGUAUUAGUCGUUCAAAGAUCUUUGUAUUUAAAUUUGUUUAAUAUGUGUAUACUUUUAUUUUAAUUGUACAUACUCUUAGAUAUAACUUGUAUUUAAAUUAUACACUUACUGUUGUUUCAUUUAAAUAACCUUGCAUUGAUUGUAUAAAUUCCUUAUACAGGAAAAUCGUUUUAAUUUAGUUUGAACUCAACUUUGUGAAUCAUGUGGUGUAAUUUGUUGAUAAAUUCGAUAACUUGUUUCUAAUACAACUUCAAGAACACUUCGUGUUUAGAUUUAUAGAUAUUUAGCAGUUUUACUUUGGGCUGAAAGAUGUGGACUUUGCACGAAUGGCAAUUUUUGGAAUAUCGAUUAAUUAUUAACCGAUAACCUGCCUGACACCAAGUAUCUAUGUUUAUGUCCAAGACCCAAUUUAAAGACUGCAGCGUAUGCGAUUGCCUCAUUAAAUUAGGUGACUUCAGUACAAUGAUGGUCAACGGGAAAUAUCAUUAUAUCUGUAUAGUUCCAUGGGAAUGGAAUAUCUUCUCACGCAAGGAUGUAGAGCUGAUGAUCUUCAAAAGCCUUAGAAACCAUUUCGAGGCACACGGCGAGAUAAAGGGUGCAGUAACAAGCAUCGGAAUGGCGACGACAAAGACAGAGUACUGGAACCUGAAGCUUUGGCUGAAGAAAGAAUCUGACAGGAGGACUUAUCCUGAUUCAAAGAGCUACUUCUGGAUGCUUAUGGAUUGGAGACCUGAUCCUAAAGAGGUAAUUUAAUGCGCUUAAUCUUAUCUCCAUGACCUUAUUAUUGCAUCUCCUUAACACGUGUGCUACUGGGGUAUAAAUCACCUAGACGUCUAAUUAGUGAUCAUUCAGUCAAGUAUUUUCUGUGUACUCAAUCGUUUGAUACUUACAAAAUGUGUCUGACAUAUUUGUGCUACUUACCCCAAGAGUGGCGGACUUAUUCCAAGUCAUAUUUACGACAUCUAGUAUUUGAAGCAGCAAGUAAACAGUGGAAAACGUGUAGGCACAUAGAAGGCACGACCAUUUUUCUCGAAGGUGUAAGUGCUAAAUUACAGUACUAUCACUUUGACAUUUGGCUGCGGAAAAAUGGGCACCUAGAGAACUUUCCGAGAAAAAAAGAAUAUUUCAGAAUGAGGAUCAAGUGUAUUGUCUGCGCCACUACGUAAGUUUUUCUUUAUCAGCUCACAGUACUCCACAUUCUAGUUUACCGAUAGUUGAUCAGUGUUUGAUAGAUGUUUUCUUUGUUUCAGGUAAUGAUUCACAUACCUCAUGAAAAGUCUAACUAGUAGUUAGGUAGCUACCUAUUUGUUAUUUACACAGUGGUCUCAUUAUUUGUGCUUUGAUCAUAACCGUCUUCAUACGUGGUCAGCGUACAAUUAUUUUGUGUGAAGUUUUGAAUUUAUUUAUCAAGGGUUUAGUAAGUAGGUUAAGUUUCUAGAUGUUUGAACAUUAAAUAAAUACCAAGAAUUUUUAAAGGUAGUUUAUAUUCUAAAUAAUUUACAGAACCUCCGACGAAUCCUUAGUCCGAAUUUUGUUAACGUUCUUUUCCUAGGAGACCUAUGGCUAAUUGAUAUAGAUUUAAUGAACAUAAGCUCUUCUGGUAAAUACGAUGAGUCUUGAGUGGCGAUAUAUUGUAGUCCUU